GUUGGGGUUUUAUGGUGGUUCGAGGCACGUACUUCUUUUCAGCAUUUUCUUCUUUGAUUUUUGAACGAAGAGAUGAGGCCGUAAUUGUUCAACCAACACUGGCUGAUCUCUAGUACGAAGGCUACACCACCACUGGGGAGUUAUGGAUGCCUUGGACGAACUUGAUGCCAUUGAAGAGGAGGCGCUGGCCAGUGAGGAGGCGAGAGAGGAGGCCCUGUGGAGCCUGCACCAUGCUGCGGCCAUGUCGGCGUCUCACCUGAACAAUGGCGAGUCUGACGGAGCCCUACUGUCUUCCUCCGAAUCCGGGUCACUGCAGCGGCCGCGUUUCUCUGGCGAGUACACUUGUGACGUGUGCGGUGAGACCUUUUUCUCCAUCGUGCAGCUGGCCAAGCACCGGCAGUUCCACGACCGCGACCGUCCCUACGAGUGCUCCAUCUGCGGCAAGCGCUUCCUGAGCCGCAGCCACCACCACGAGCACCAGCGCGUGCACACGGGCGAGCGUCCCUUCCCCUGCGAGCGCUGCGACCGCUCCUUCACCACACACCACAACCUCAAGCGGCACAUGACCAUCCAUGAGAAGGAGGAAAUGUACCGCUGCCAGGAGUGCGGCGUGCUCUUCUGCCAGGAACACGAGUACAACAUGGAGAAGCUCCGGCUGCCCUCGACCCUGCCUUCCAUCGCUCCCCAUGCGCCACCGUCGCCACCCACCAUGACCACGCCCAUGCCCGUCAUGCUCGAGUCGCACGAGUUCGAGCACACAAUCGACGAGGACGAAGCGCCUUCCUCCAGCAAUGUGAUGACGAGGAUUGAGCAGAUACUAACAGAGAAGAAGAAAAAGAGGAAGAUGAGAAAGAAGCAGUCCUUGAUUGAUGUCAGCAGAAACAUUGCCGCACGCCCGCUCUACUCCCCUCCGGAAAAGAAACAUAAGUCUGACACGUACUACGACCAGCCAGCCCUCUACAGGAGGAAAGACGACAGAAAACUGCAUGCCAGGCAGAGAGUUGCGUAUGAUAUUGAAGUAGUGCUAUAAUGCAAGUCCUUGGUGCUGUUGAGCUGCAGGGAAGAUUAAAUCCAACACCAAAAAGUUGUGCUUUGUAUUUUUUGGAUGGCGGCAGAGUCGGUGAGGCGAUGAUCAGGUCUCUCAGAUUCUUUAUGAUAUGAUUGACUAAUCAUCAUUUUCUUUUCUCUUUUGUUAUGCUAUUUCCACUGUAUGAAAUACAACUGAAUAUCACUUUAAAUUGCUGCUGGUUAAUCAGGAAUUGUAGGUAUAGGUUAGCAAUGUAUUUGGGCAUAUUGCACACGAGUGGCUUUCCAUUUGAAUUUAAAUUCCCAGAUGAAACUUUGAGCAAGUCAGGCCUACUGUCUGUGUGUGUGCUGUACAUCUACACUUUAUCAUUCCAGGCCAGUGAUUUUGUAGUGUUUCCCCGUAUAGCCUUUUGUAAAGGCUGUCUUUACCAUUACUCGUAUGUCAAUUCUAAAACUACAAACAGAAAUCUACGUUGAUGAUUUCCUUUGAAUUGGGCUCUGUGUUAUAGACUUCUCUAUUGACUUGUGAUGGAACAUGGGCUUUCCUACAAAACUACCUCAAAAAGUGUGCCUCAAGCUAUUAAACGGUCUUCGAAUGACAUGGUGUGAAAUUUCUGUUCUGAAAUCAGCCUUUUUUCUCCUUUUGUCUGAAUUGAAGACGCUAUUUUACUUUUUUGUAUCUUACUCAUUAUUCAUGAAUAUUAUCAACAUGACAGACCAUUGCCAUACUUGUUUGUGAAUGCCAUUUGUUGCUUGAAUGUUAUGCAUUACACACUUGUUUGGUCAUAGCCCAUGCAUCUGCUAUGUGUAGACAUCAUCUACUAAUAAAAUUAAUUAUGA